CUAACACAAACCCCACUCUCUCUCUCUCUCUCUCUCUCCACGGCCAACACAACCCCCCAACCCCCCCCCCCCCCCCCCCCCCCCCCCCCGGUUCUCUCCCCUCUCUCUCUCUCUCUCUCUCUCGUGAUACCUGAAAUACAGUCAUCGGGUUGAAGUGGAAAAUGGGGGUAGAUGGGAUGGUAUUACCAGAAGAAGAGCACCCAGUGAAGGCCUUCGGAUGGGCUGCUAGAGACCCUUCCGGCAUCCUCUCACCCUUCAAUUUCUCCAGGAGGGAAACAGGGGAAGAAGAUGUGAAGGUAAAGGUUUUGUAUUGUGGUAUAUGUCACUCUGACCUUCACAAUAUCAAGAAUGAAAGAGGCACCGCCAAGUAUCCCAUGGUUCCCGGUCAUGAGAUGACUGGAGAGGUGAUUGAGGUGGGAAGCAAGGUAAGAAACUUCAAAGUCGGGGACAAAGCUGCUGUUGGGGUCAUUAUCGGAUCGUGUGGAUCGCCUGACUCAUGCCAUUACUGUGCCAAGGAUCUUGAGAACUACUGCUCCAACCGUAUGCUCACUUAUAAUUCCAUGUUCUACGAUGGAACUCAGAAUUAUGGAGGUUACUCUGAUAUAAUAGUCGUUAGCGAGCAUUUCGUAUAUCAAAUUCCCGCUAACUUGCCUCUUGAUGCUACUGCUCCUUUGCUCUGUGCUGGGAUCACUACGUACAGUCCCUUGAGGUACUUUGAACUUGACAAGCCCGGUUUGAGCAUUGGUGUUGUGGGUUUGGGUGGAUUGGGUCAUAUGGCUGUGAAAUUCGCCAAGGCUUUUGGGGCAAAGGUCACUGUCAUUAGUAGAUCUUUGAGUAAGAAGAAGGAAGCCAUUGAACGUCUUGGUGCUGACUUGUUUAUUGUUAGCAGUGAUGCAGAUCAGAUGAAGGCUGCUGUGGGUACUUUUGAUGGUAUCAUUGAUACGGUCUCUGCACUUCACCCUGUCAUGCCGUUGAUUAAUCUCUUAAAGCCUGAUGGGAAACUUGUCUUGCUUGGAUCAAAAACAAUUGACUCACCGGUUGCGAUUGGUGAGAGGAAGGUUGUGGGUACUAGUGUCAUUGGGAGUGUGAAGGAAACACAAGAAAUGCUGGAUUUUUGUGCUAAGCACGACAUAAUUUCGGAUAUUGAACUCAUUCCAAUGGACUAUGUGAACACUGCAAUGGAGCGACUGGAAAAAGCUGAUGUCCAGUAUCGAUUCGUCAUUGAUGUUGGCAACUCGUUGAAAACUGCCUAAGCGCAGCUUCCUUGAUCUCGAACUCCACGUUCUCUGAGUCCUGGCUGCUGUUUUACUAUUUCGUAACUUUACGAGACACUAUGAAUCACAUGUCCAUGGAAAUCUCAUUCCUGUCGUCGCUAUCGAGCAAGUUCUUACCGGGGAGAUAGCCGGAGCAUUUGGUUUCUGAAGUGCGUGGCGUAUAGUGAAUGCCUACUUUUUCUGUAUGCCUACAUAUCUAUACCUUGUAAACCUUGAUGGUUAUGGAAUGAAAGCUAUGUUGGUCUAGAAA